AUGACAGUUAAAAACGCGUCGAGACAAACGGCGAACAUCGAGAUGCUGUCGCCCGGGCAUGCACAGGCACAGGCACUGGCACUGGCGCUGGCACUCGCACUGAGAGCAGACACCAAAAACUGGAGCAUGCUGGACGGGGACGGUUGUGUCAAUGAUUGUUAUGCAAUGGCCAAAUCGAUAACAACAGCAGCAACAACAACAACAUCAGCAAUAACAACAACAACAACAAUCACAGCGAUACACACGCGCAAAGGCACAACGACCAUCACAUUCGUGUUGCUCUUAAUUUUAUGCUGUUUGUGUGAUUACAAUUAUGGCAGCUGGGCCUCGCAGUGCUGGAAGAAGCACAACUCGGGCUCGAUACAGACGCCGGAUGGUGAAUUCAAGCGCCCGUUUGGCAUACUCUGCACAUAUCGCUGUUUCCUCUGGUUUCCGCCAAUCUAUCCGUACUGUGAGUUCAUAUUCGAUUUGCGCUUAUCGAGGCACUUCACAUCGUUUCCGGACUGCUAUGAGAUACGCUGUAAUGAGACCUUCACAUUCUUUGGCAGCGAGCACAACUAUUGAAUGACUCUCGUUCUCUCACUCUCUCUCUCUCACGGCCUGGUUCCUGUUUUCAACUAUAUGCACCAAUGCUGGCCAAACUAUCGAUAUUUCCAUUGAUAGUCGGAAAUCUGUACAUAUAUAUACAUGCUGUCAAGAGUUUAAAGCCAACAGCUUUUCAGCUAUAUUAUCGAUUAAUCGAUUAAUUUCCAUGCUGGUGUUAUCGAUCGUUUUGCAGCUCUAUUAUACACUACCUACUAUGCUCUUUUUAUUUUGCUUAACUUUAAUUUGUAUUCAUUAAUAAAUAUU